GCGAGCUGCGGAGUGGAUUUCAAUGAUAAACGGGUUUAAAGUGUAGUUAAUGGCGGUAAGGUUUUAAGGAGUAGUCUCUGGAGGGUUUGCCGUCAGAAAUGCAUAUCCUGGGCUUUGCUGACCCUGCAUCAGCAUAAAUGUUCCAGUGAUGAGUGAUGCCUCUAUGAUGAACAGCUCGUCUGAUCGCUGCAGGGCGGUCGUGGUCAGCGGUGUUCCUGAUGAGCUCUGCAGCUCACGGAUGAACGACAAACUUACCAUUCACUUCCAGUGCAGGAGGAGCCAUGGAGGAGAUGUGGAGAUGGUGCAGUACCCCACUCACCUUGAAGGAGUGGCCUUUGUCACCUUUGACAACUGGAGAGAUGCAGACCGAGUGGUUAAGUCCAAUCAAGUGCUGAAGGAUAAAGAGUUUAAAGAGGAACAUCCACUUACAGUGUACACGUAUACUCCAGAGGUCGCAUUCUACGCCUAUGCUGACUUGGACUUGUCAUUAUAUCCUGACCCCUCAACCUUGAUCGCAACCUUGAGGUCCAACCACAAGUCAGUGCGUAUCCAGCCUUCCCAGAACAAACCAGGAUUUGUCUCAGCAGAAGGUCCAUUUGCUGCGCUCCAAAGGCUGAGGAAACAACUUCUUAGUGAAACCCAGAACAAGAGCGACAUUUCAGAUGAGGCCUUAAGGCUGUACAAGGCAUCAAGCCUGGACAAAGCCUUGCGAACUGACAAGGCCAGGAACCUGGAGAAGGCCUCCGUGCCACUUGAGGCCUGGAGCCAGGACAAAGCCUCAAGCUUGGACAGGGUCUCAAGCCCAGACCUGGCCUCAAGCCAGGACAAGGUGUCAAGAUCGUACAGGGGCUCAAGCCAGGACAAGGACUGGGCUCAGAAAGAGACUGUAAGAUCGUACAAGACCUUGAGUCCAGACAAGACCUUGAGCUCAGACAAAGCCUCGAUCCAGGAAGAGCCCUUGAGGUCAGACAAGGCCUGGACCCAGGGAGAAGCUUCAGGAUUGUACAAGUCUAGGAGCCAGGACAAGGCCUCACUCUCAAGCAAGGCCUGGACCCAAGAAGAGGCCUUGAGGUCAGACAAGGCCAGGACCCAGAAAGAGGCAUUGAGGUCAGACAGGGCCUGGACCCAGGAAGGGGCCUUGAGGUCAGGAAAGGCCUGUACUCAGGAAGAGGCCGUGAGGUCAGACAAGGCCUGUACUCAGAAAGAGUCCUUGAGGUCAGACAAGGCCUGGACCCAGGAAGAGGCCUUGAGGUCAGAAAAGGCCUGUACUCAGGAAGAGUCCUUAAGGUCAGACAAGGCCUGGACCCAGGAAGAAACCUUGAGGUUAGACAAGGCCUGGACCCAGGAAGAGGCCUUUAGGUCAGACAAGGCCAGGACCCAGGAAGAGGCCUUGAGGUCAGACAAGGCCUGGACCCAGGGAGAGCCCUUGAGGUCAGACAAGGCGAGGACCCAGGGAGAGGCCUUAAGAUCGUACAAUACCUCAAGACAGGACAAAGCUUCAAGCUUUGACAGGUCUAGGAGCCGGGACAAGGCCUCAAUCUCAGACAAGGCCAGGACCCAGGAAGAGGCCUUGAGGUCAGACAAGGACCGGACCCAGGACAAGGCACCAAGAUCGUACAAGGCCUCGAGUCAGGACAAUGCUUCAAGAUUUGACAAGUCCUGGAGACAAGACGCAGCCGGACAGUUGAAGGUGGAUGAUAUGACCAUAACCAAUGGAACUAACUGUGUGAGUUUUUGGCUUGACACACACAUAUACAAGUACAUGCAGAUGGUGGAGAGAAACGAGUGGGACAGAUGCGUGGGCAGGUAUAAUGUGACCGCUCAUGCUGUGAGCACAGGCGAAGUUACCGAAGUAAAACUGCACGGCAGAUGUGAAGGAUCUGUGCUACUUUCUGCACAAGGAGAGUUAGAGACACUAGUGGCUAAAAGUCAAGACACUUUACGCACUCAGCACAUAGACUGCAGUAGCGCUGAUGCUAUGGAAAGGUUAUUGCAGGUUUGUAAAACUGCACAGAGCAUUUAUACAAAAGUAUGUUACUUUCCGUCAGAUUCUUGUGUUGAAGUUAUUGGCCCCUCCAGCUCCAGUCACAGGUUCUGUGAGUUUGUGAAGACCAUGACUGAGCAGGAAUUCUGACAGAAAGCAGCUAGACUAAAGGGAAAUGCAGUUAUUUGUGGUCUAAUCCAUACUUCAUGUAUUCAUACCUAUAACUUCAUAAAGUAAGACUGUAGUCCUAAAUCAGUUUCUCUGCAUACUUGGUUAUGAUCAGUGUGUGGGGCUGGUACAAUUAGUGGAUCAGAAACCGCAGUGCUGCUGGAGUUUUUAUACACUUCGUCCACUUACUCUUCACUCUAUUGAACACUCCUUCCUAGAGCUGCUUCACCUUGUAGACGUAAAUUCAGAGACAGAAACUCUGAAUCUGUUACUGCAAAGUUCGUCCUCUAGUCCUUUAUCAGUCAUCACUGGACAUUGUUGGCUGGAUAUUUCUGGUUCAUGGACAAUUUUAUUCCCAGUCUAGCAGUAACACUGAAGUGUUUAAAAACUCCAGCAGCACUGCUGUGUUUGGUCCAUUCGUACCAGAACAACACACACCGUACUAACACACCACCACCAUGAUGAUUUUGAUGAUUUUACUUUACAAAUCAUUGGUUGUUUGGAUCAGCAAUUGCAGUAAAAUAUAUAAUAUAGCAGAUGAACACAGUGAUAUUAGAGAAUAGGAUUUACAGAAAGUGUGAAAUAAAUUAAAGUUGUUUUCCUCUGUGCAUCUUCUCUGAAGAGUGGCAACAUGGGAGCCUCAAAACUGAAAACAAAUAUUUGCUCAACAUCAUGGUUUAGGGGAAGGAUAUAAAAAGCUAUCUCAGAUAUCUCAGCUGUCAGUUUCCACUGUGAGGAACAUAGUAAAGAAAUUGAAGAGCACAGGCACAGUUCUAGUUAAGACCUGAAGUGGCAGGCCAAAAAAAUCUCAGAUGAACAGAGGAGAAGGAUGGUGAGAACAGUCACUGGAUACUUUAAAAAGACAACGACCCUAAUCACUAAACACUGCUCAAAAUCUACUAAAGCAUUCAUGCAGAGAAACAAGAACAACAUUCUGGAAUGAUCAGCUCAGUCCCCAGACCUGAAUAUUAUUGAAAAUCUGUGGUGUGAUUUAAAUCGGGCUGUUUAUGCUCAGAAACCAUCAAACCUGACUGAACUGGAGAUGUUUUGUAAAGAAGAAUGAUCCAAAAUAUCUUCAACCAGAAGUCAGACUCUCAUUGGAAGCUACAGGAAGUGCUUAGAGGCUGUUAUUUCUGCAAAAGGAGGAUCUACUAAAUAUUGAUGUAAUUUUUCUGUUGGGGUGCCCAUAUUUAUGCACCUGCCUAAUUUUGUUAAAGGAUUAUUGCACACUUUCAGUAAAUCCUUUAGACUUUAUUUCACUUCUCAAAUAUCACUGUGUUUAUCUGAUAUAUGAUAAAUAUUUAACUGAAAUUGCUGUUCAGAGCAACCAAUAAUAAUAAAGGAAAUUCAUGAAAAUGAUCAGGAGUGCCCAAACUUUUUUGAUACCUCUGUACAUGGUCUGAAAUGCAAAAAUGAAACAGCUCAAGCUAAUGUGCUAUGCUAAAAAAAAAGCUAGUAUCUACAUAUUACUGUGAUGUAAUUUGCUAUGUCAUGUCAUGCAUAGUUUGUUAACUUUUUCGUAAACUAUAAUAAUAAUUUCUAUCCGAGGUGUUGGAUAAGUUGAAUAUUUUAUCACAGUUCAUGUUAGUUAAAUUAUGCACAGACAUUUAUUUUUGCUACUUCUCUUUUUUUUUUAACUGGGAAAGUCCAGACGGUAGGGUGGAGGGGUCUCAUUUUCCACUAGUUAAAGUGGUUAAAUCUGUUUGCUCCAGAUAGUACUGCUCUGCUAACAGUGUAUGUUAAAUGCUAGGUUUUAGUUUCCAUUUUUAAUAAUAAUAAAUAGCAAACGGAGGUGGUGUUAUUUUACUGUAUUGUUGUAUCUAUUGAGGUUCGUAUUGGAAGCAGAAAAAGGCUGCAUUUCUUUAUAAAUCCUCUAGAGGGAGCUCUAGGCCAAGGUCUGUUUACGACAUCCAACCUAUCCAGCAAAAGCAGACUAAGAAAAUGUGCACUAAUACUUUAUUCCAGUAGGAUCUUUUCUUAUUUUCUUAUAUUUCUGCUUGUUGUUAAGUAGAUUUCAGGUAUCUUUCACAAUGGUAGCUAAGGCCAGUUCUUGCCAUCUCUGCUUUGUUGCUCGUUUCAAAGUCUAUUGUAGUUAAUAGCUGUUGUUGAAUUAAUAUUUGAUUGAUAUAAUUUACAUAGAGAAUGCCUUGUAAUCUUAAAAAACUGUGAUGCUGCUGAGUGCAUGAUUAAAACAACAGUGUGAACUGCUAAAA